AUGACAAUGGAGGACAGAAGCGGCGGCGGCAGAGAAAGGCUGGGAUUUAGCUUCACUAUUGACUACCUUCUAUUCAAUAAGGGAGUCAAAGGUUCUAAAGAAGAAGCGACAGGAAGUCGUACAGCAGAGCAGACAGCAAACAACCUGCUAAAUCAUCAGAAUCCUAAACCCGAAGAGGUGGGGAUUCGCUCCGAGAUACAAGAGAAGCGACGGCAGAGGUCAGAGGCAGAGACCGAGGAGAGGAAAGUCAAAGAAGAGGAGGGGGGUGAUGAGCCACGAGAGGAGGGGGAGGAGGAAGAGACCACCGCCUCUAACGGCAGCGCGCCUGAAAAGUCUGCGGACAAACCCAACCAGUCGUACAUCGCCCUCAUCUCCAAGGCUAUCCUGGCGUCGAAGCAGAAGAAACUGCUGCUGUGCGACAUCUACCAGUGGAUCAUGGACCAAUACCCUUACUUCAAGAGUAAGGAUAAAAACUGGAGGAACAGCGUCCGCCACAACUUGUCCUUGAACGACUGCUUCGUCAAGGCGGGCCGCAGUGACAACGGUAAAGGCCACUUCUGGGCGAUCCACCCAACCAACUACCGGGACUUUUCCAACGGGGACUACCAAUGUCGAAGGGCGCGGCGGAGAGUACGCAGGGUGGCGGGACAGCUCCCCUUUUCACCCUUGGGCUCCCCCUACCACCCUGGCCUCGCUCGGCCCCACAAAGCCGGCUACUGGUGCUGCCCUCAAGCCCAAACGCUGCCCCUGUCCUGCCUGGCUCCGCGGGUCUACUGGCCCUGGUCCAGCAUGCAGCCACCAGUGGGGUUCCACCCGAGCCUUCAUGACCCUGUACCCUGA